AUUUAUGACGGAAAUAUUCUCUUUCUGAGUCUCUCUCCGUCACCCUAUAUAUAUAGAGAGAAUUCAGCCUCCCCUGAAUCAUCGGAGCGCUCUCUCUCUCUCUCUCUCUCUCUCUCUCAUCAAUGGCGCUUCGAAGAGCACUAUCCAAGCGUUUAUUCAACAAAAACAGAGACUCCUCUCCACCCCUAGCCCUCAACCAUUCCCCUAAUCCGUCUCCAAAUGCUGCUAAAACAAACUUCCACCGCGAGUUCCUCACCUCGCCGGAGCACUCCGCCGACACCGGCUUCUUCCGACGCUUCCUCCAGCGCCGGCGCAUAAACCAAUCGACGGCCCCACCACCGGUCUUCCUCUCCAUCCCCGUCGGGGAAAAACUGAAGGAGACGCUGAGAUCCAUCAACGUGGCCGGCGAACGGCUCCGCCUCAACGGGCUGAGCCCUCCGCUGCCGUCGCCGGCGACGGAUUCGGUUGAUGGAGUGUCGGUGAAGGAUGCAAAGAGGAUUUUGAUGUUUUCGAAGCUGGAGAGGUUGAGAUCGGCGAUUAGAGAGAUGCCGACGAACUCGAUUUCGUACGGGGAGUUUGUGAAGACUUGUGUGGAUUUCUGUGAGAAUCGAGAGGAAGGUUUGGAAUUUGCGAGGAUGCUGGAUGAGGGAGGGAACGUCAUCGUUUUGGGCGACGUCGUGUUCCUUCGGCCGGAACAGGUCGCGAAAUCAAUGGACCAAAUAAUUUUCCAGUCCAUAGCCAUCCCAAACGAUCCAAGAAGGGAAGAACUUGAACAGUUGGAGAAGCAAAAGGCUCAAAUCGACAAGAAAGCCCAAGAACUUGUUCGAGCGGAACUCUACUGUGGGCUGGGCUUCAUUAUUUUACAGACGCUGGGCUUCAUGAGACUAACCUUUUGGGAACUAAGUUGGGACGUGAUGGAGCCCAUUUGUUUCUUUGUCACCUCGGCCCACUUUGCCCUCGCGUAUGGAUUUUUCCUCAGGUCGUCGAAAGAGCCUUCUUUCGAAGGCUACUUUCAACGUCGUUUCAAGGUGAAGCAAGAAAAACUCAUGAAGGUUCACAACUUUGAUGUCGAAAAGUACAACGGGCUUUGCAGCGCCUUCUAUCCUAAUUAUGUCAACGUUACCAACAACAGGCAUUGUACGGGGUCAGAUUGUGUGGAAGGCCCAAUUUUUUAUGGAGUGCAUCGGUGAUACUAGUAGUAGAUGGAAAAACAAAUCCUCGAGAAUCAAACAUAGAGAGCGAAAGAGACCUCGCGUGAUUUUAGUAGCAGUUUGAAAGAUUGACCGAUUGGGACAAUCUCCAGAUCUAUGCUUAUUUUAACUUAUUACUACUAGCCUAGUGUUUCUGUGAGGUGUCAUGUUAAUUUGGGCUAUAUGGCAUCACUAGAAGAAUAAUACUAUUAUCAAAUACUGUUAGGCCCGUUUGUCUUGACCCGAUUUCUCAUGGGUUGUUGGACAUUAGGAGAUGGGCCUAGUACCCAGGUGUUUUAAGACUACAUUUUGCGGAUUGGACAAAUAUUUUGGGACGGAAGAAGUAUUUUUAACAUGGGAUGCGGACUAGAUUUGAGCAAGAAAGUGUAAUAAAAUAACCAACAAAAUUGGAGGGGUUGAGCCAAGAGCGUUUAUAUGGCGUCUUUAAUGGAAAAAAAAAUCAAGUUGGGGGAA